AUGGGGCCAGACUUUGGACAAAGUUUCCGCAAGGGAAUUGGUUUUCGAAAGAGGGAUAUUGACGAGGGAGACGUCAUUGACUCACUGCCGCCGUCGGACACCAUCAUCAUGUCAAACCUUCCAGGUCGAAUAUCACCUCCUAUCACACCUGACGUUGUUUCGGUUCCUCAAUCACGGCAGACCUCGACAGAAAUAGCAUCUGAGAUUGCGCCAGAAAUCGUGGUGUGGACUGAAGACAUGGAUAUCGACAAUGUUAGUCACGUUGAGUCUGACGAUGAACUAUCAAGUCUCAAGAGCGAUUUCGAGGAAGAGCCACCUCAAGUCGAUGAUGAACUAGACCCAGUGCAGGCGGCCACUGGUGGUGAUACUGUCGGCUCCUUCCCCUCAUCGUUAUCGAACCUCACAGAGCUAUCAGACCUCUCAUCGAUACCAUCGACGGUAUCGAGUAAGGCUACUACCCCUACACCAGUCGAGGCUGAGGGCUCACCAGACCAAGAACAACCAGUUGACGAGCAACCCCCCUCUCAUCAAGAUUCUCCGUCCCACGAGACCGAGCGCUACAACUUCAAUAUCAGACCAAAGGCCUCAAUACCGGCCGAUAUCUCGCCCUACAGGUAUGCGUCAGAAUGUAUCUCAGCCGCCGAGUCAAGUCGACUUAAUCCUUACACCUUGCAUCCCGAGGAAUAUCACCUCCUUCGUCAUCAUAUAUCGUAUACACAGGUCACGACAUACCUCAAUAUAAGAAAUGGUAUUCUGCGAUUGUGGCUUAAGCGCCCUUGGAUCGGCGUGACACGACUAGAAGCAGUCGGAUGUGCAAAUGCUCGUUGGUUCGAUGCGGCCAGUGUUUGCUACGAUUGGCUUGUUCGGCGUGGUUAUAUCAACUACGGAUGCGUGCGGAUCUCAGAAACCGAAACAGAAGACAGCAUUGCUCCGGUAGUCAAAAGACAAAAGACGAUUGCUGUCAUAGGUGCUGGAUUCUCCGGUCUUGGCUGCGCUAGGCAACUGGAGGGUUUGUUCAAACAGUUUGCUGAUCGGUUCCAUGAGCGGGGAGAGCCGCCGCCUCGAGUAGUGGUACUGGAAGGACGAAGUCGUGUUGGAGGACGGGUAUAUUCUCGCGAAUUUCACACCAAACCAAAAGCACCCAAACCAGUUUUUGAGGGCAAGCGACACACUGCUGAAAUGGGUGGCAUGAUCAUUACCGGAUUUGAUCGGGGAAACCCCAUUAACAUUCUACUUCGGGGUCAGCUCAGCCUACCAUAUCAUGCCCUGACGGCAGACACUACGAUAUAUGACAGCAAUGGGAGAGCAGUCGACCCUGUGCGGGAUCAACUGGUGGAGAAGCUGUACAAUGAUUGCUUAGAUCGAGUCAGCGAAUACAAACAUAAAAAUCAGCAAGUAAAGCUCAUCGAGGGCAGACGGCACCUUAUAGAAGAAGGACGAGACAGCCCCGGCGACGGCAAUAAAACGAUGUUUCAAGAGGAAGAGGCUGCUGCAUCACAACCAGAUGCACCGCCAGUAGCUCAACAAAAUGUCCCGGAAAGUGUCAACUUGAUACCGGUGUCUUCGGACAAGCUCACUGGCCGUGUGCAUAUGGAGCCAGGAACCCCUGCCACCAUCAAGGCGUCCGACAAAGCGAAGCUCAUGGGCUGGACGAUCCGAGAUUCGUCCGAUGGUGACAAUAUCGACUUGACCCCAGCAGUGAACGAAGAGGGCGCAACUUUGGGGUCGGUUCUUGAUUCCGCAAUUUCUCAGUACAAACAAAUUGUUGGUUUGAAUGCUCAAGAUCAUCGAUUGAUCAAUUGGCACGUCGCCAACUUAGAGUACAGUAAUGCAACAAGCCUGCACAACCUGAGUCUCCCUUUGUGGGACAUUGAUGCGGGCAAUGAGUGGGAGGGAAGCCACACUAUGGUCGUCGGUGGUUACCAGAGUGUGGCGCGUGGAUUGGCUCAGUGUCCAAGCUCUCUUGAUCUAAGAACCAAGUUCCCUGUCAAGAGCAUAUCUUAUCACACAGGCGAGGGCAUGGCGUCGGCUGCUAUCGAAUGUGAGGAUGGCUCAGUAGUAGAUGCUGAUGCUGUCGUUUGCACUAUUCCUCUCGGUGUUCUGAAACAGAAUAAUAUCGUGUUUAAUCCACCUCUUCCGUCAUGGAAGACCGAUGUUGUUGAGCGCUUAGGGUUUGGCAUCCUGAACAAGGUCGUCUUGGUCUACGAAGAGAUCUUCUGGGAGCACGAUAGGCACAUAUUUGGCGUUUUAAGGGAGUCAUCAAACCGGCAUAGCACGUCACAGAAAGACUAUGCCACGAGUCGCGGUCGCUUUUUCCAGUGGUUCAAUGUUUCCAACACGACAGGUUUACCUUGUCUUAUUGCCCUGAUGGCCGGUGAGGCAGGCUUCGAGACGGAGCACUCCAGUAACGACAGCCUCGUGGCUGAGGCAACACAGGUACUCCGCAGCGUUUUUGGAAAAGACGUUCCUUAUCCUGUAGAGGCUAUGGUAACUCGAUGGGGCUCGGAUCGGUUUGCUCGAGGUAGCUAUUCUUCUGCCGCUCCCGGCAUGCAACCUGAAGACUACGAUACUAUGGCAAGGCCUGUUGGAAACCUUUUCUUCGCAGGUGAACAUACCAUCGGCACGCAUCCGGCCACAGUACAUGGCGCCUACUUGUCUGGCUUGAGAGCAGCUUCAGAAGUGCUGGAGACUUUGAUAGGGCCUGUUGAAGUCCCAACCCCAUUGAUUCUGCCGAGGGAUUCCAUACUGCUGCGCAAGCGUAAGGAGCCUGCCAGGGACCCAAAGCCAGCACGAUUGCAGGCCUAUGAGCAGGAGAUACAAGCUCACACUCUAGCAAAACUAGGCGAACGACCCUCUCGUCCAGCUAAGGUGGCCGGUAAUCCAUACAUUCUUUACAGCAAAGACUUAUUCGAUGUUGCGAGAAAGAAGUGCGAAGAGAACCGAAAGCCUGGGAGAGGUGGCCGUGCUGUACCUAAUGAGGUUCGCAUAAUGACAUCCAAGAUGUGGAAGGAGGCCACACCUGAGGAGCGCAAGCCAUAUGAGGAUCAGGCAACCGAAUUGAAGCGAGGGUACGCUGAAGCUGUACAAGCCUGGAACCAAGCCACUGAGAGAUGGGAUCAGGAGGCUGCCGCUUUGAGGGCAGCUUACGAGAAAGAGAAUCCUUUUGACGCUUCCAAAACGCAAAUGGGAGAUAUGCCUCGGGAUACAUCAUACAAGCACCGUCGGACAAGAAAUAUCAGUUAUGCGGAGGAUGGCGAUAGUGAUGUUGGGUUCUGA